AGUAUAUAUACAACGUUACUGUUGUAUAUGAAAUAUAGACGGGUACAACACUGCUUUGCGAUUGACUAUUUACGGAUUAUCGGUGUCUAAGAAAAUGACAAAGAAAGGACUUCUGGAAAGACUGCAGAAUGGAGGGUCUGUUAUUGUGGCGGAGGGUUUUCUUUUUGAAAUAGAGAGAAGAGGGUACAUGUCAGCGGGCCCUUUUGUACCUGUUGUAAGCGUGGAACACCCGGAAGUCCUGCGGCAAUUAUAUGAAGAAUUUGUUCAUGCCGGAAGUGAAGUGGUUCUGGCAUUUACAUAUUACGCGCAUCGAGAGAAAUUGCGGGUAGUGGGAAGAGAAGACGAUCUAGAGGUCAUCAACAAAGCCGCUCUGAGUAUGGCUAGAGAAGUAGCAGACGAACAUGGUUGUCUAAUGGCUGGAAACAUUUGUAACUCGGCUGUAUACGUUACAGGAGAUGAGGAGUCACACAAAAUAACGGAGGCCAUUUUUAAGGAGCAGAUUGAAAUCGCAGUAGAAAUGGGUGCGGAUUUCAUUCUCGGGGAGACGUUUAUGGAUACAGGAGAAGCGAUGUUAGCCCUGGAAUGUAUAAAGAAGUAUGGCAAAGGUGUACCGGCUGUGAUAACACUCUCUGCAUCUGCAAAGGACACUCUUGUUGAUGGAGUUGGAGUAGUUGAAGCCUGUAAGAAUCUUGAGGAAGCUGGUGUUGCUGUUGUUGGCCUUAAUUGCUUUGCGGGACCAGACACCAUGCUUCCGCUUUUGAAACAAAUCAAGGAAGUGUGCAAGGGACCAAUUGCAGCACUUCCGGUUCCUUACAAUACAACUCCUGAAGAACCUGUAUUUACUGCAUUGACUGUUCCAGGAACUAAAAGACGUGCUUUUCCACUGGACCUCUGUGCUUGCCAGUGUAGCCGGACAAAAGUGGAGGAAUUCGCCAAAGAGUGUAAAGAAAUGAGAAUACAAUACGUGGGCCUCUGUUGUGGCAACUCCGCAAACUUGACCCGUAUCAUAGCCGAAGUAUACGGUCGUACACCACCAGCCAGUAAAUAUGCUCCAGAUAUGAAGAAACACUACAUUUUUGGUGACAAAUCCAAGUUUAGGAAAGAAUUCACGGAGGACCUUAGGGCAAAUAAGGGCGGGGAUUUUGACUGACGAUGACAAAUUAUAUAUUUGGUUUAAGCAAGAACUGACAGUGGAGCGACAGAGAAUAAGGCCGCUUUUUUAACUGAUGAUGACAAAUAAACUGUAUUCGUGUUUUAUAUUACAUUUUCAAUGUUUACUAUAGAAACAAAAACUUAGAUGAUAAACUGACUAGAUAGUUUACAGCUUCUGCUUGAUCAUUCUAAAGAACUUUUACCCACUUUAUACACGUUUUAAACUGUAUAUACUAUGUACUAUAUUUCCGAUUACAUAACUUUGUUAAGAAUACUAUGUUGUAAAUAAUUUUGAAUUCUGACCUGUUUACAUCCCUAAUUUUCUUAAGUUUUCAUUGAUAUUAAAUGUAAAAUAUGGAAUUUGUGCGUAAAUACAGGGACGCAUGCAAUUUUAAAUAAAUGAUUAUUUGUU